UAUAAGCUACUAAAAUCCUUGCAUCUGAUUGGCUCAGAGCAUAUUCGUCAGUGAAAAUCAAUGAUUGCUUGUUUCAUGAAAAAACUUCCCAGUCAGAUGUCUACAGUAUAUUAUUUAUUGUGAAGCUGUAUGUACAUGCACUUGUUGCUCACUUCCUGUGUGGUAUUAAGAUGUCAAGAUUAUAAACAUUACUGAUGACAUUUGUAGAAGAGCAGUUUUAUUUUAAUUGCAAUAUUUUUAUUUUCAAACAUUCUUGAACCCCCAGAGUUUUAGUGCUAUAGCAAUAAGGAUUUACACAUCAUCUACAUUGGACAGUAAACAUUCAGCUGUCAAUGUUCAACAUCAAAGUGAACAUUUUCUUUAUUGCCACUGGCAUCUUUUGAAAAGUUGUUCAGGUUUUAAGACAUGAAUAUAUCAUCAUCUACAUGUAUGCCAUACAGUGAUAGGCUCUUGAAUGUACAUUUUACUGGAUCACUUGCUGUGACCUGCGACCUAUAAACUGUUGAACUCAUUGGAUAUUGAACUAUUGGAUCACUUGCUGUGACCUUUGACCUAUGACCUGUUGAACUCAUUGGAUAUUGAACUAUUGGAUCACUUGCUGUGACCUGUGACCUAUGAACUGUUGAACUCAUCGGAUAUUGAACUAUUGGAUCACUUGCUGUGACCUGUGACCUAUGACCUGUUGAACUCAUUGGAUAUUGAACUAUUGGAUCACUUGCUGUGACCUGCGACCUAUGACCUGUUGAGCUCUUUGGAUAUUGAACUAUUUGAUCACUUGCUGUGACCUGCGACCUAUGACCUGUUGAACUCAACGGAUAUUGAACUACAUGUAUUGGAUCACUUUGACCUGCGACCUAUGACCUGUUGAAAUCAUUGGAUAUUUAACUAUUAGAUCACUUAAUACUGUAACCUAUGACAUAUGACCUUUUGAAGGAUCUUGAACUACAUGUACAGUAUUGAAUCAGUUGCUGUUAGGACUUGCUGUGACCUACAUGUACGACCUAUGACCCGUUGAAAUCAUUUUGAAAUCAACAUGACUGUUCGUGAGCUCCUCCUUGAUAAAAAUGGAGGUGCUGCAGGAGAUGAGCACUCGAGCCUUGCUCUAAGGAGAAAGUUUCGCUCAAUGCAUGUGAACCAAGAGACUGCCCUCAACCAACUGAAAGAGAUAACAGGAGUCCAUGACCCAGCGGCUCUGAGGCAUGCCUAUGAAGCCAGCGAUGGGGACAUCACCCAGGCCAUCACCUUCUUGACUGAAGGCCAUGACAACACUGCUGCAGGUGGCUCAGCAGGAACGGCAACAGCAGCAGCUCCAGGUCACCAGGGGAAUCCCAGGCAUCAAGUUGCCCAUCAGCCAGUGGCUGUUGCAACUGCUGCAGCCACAGCAGCAGCACCGGUGACUCAGCCAGCCAAUGCUCCUGCCAAUGUGUAUGGCCCUAGGAACAGGCCCCAAGGAGAGGGUGGUAAGUCAUCUGAUGUGAUUGAUCUCACCCAGGAUAGAGACGAGAAGGAAGAUCUUCAAAGAGCCAUUGCUCUCAGUCUACAGGAAACAACUCAAUCAAGCAUCGGUGUGUCCGCAGAAGAACAAGAUAUCAGCAGAGUUCUUGAACAGAGCAUACGUGAUGCAGGUCAAGGUAGAAGCAAUACAUGGUUCGUCGACCCUCUCAAUCCUCAUGAUAGGCAGAGGGAAAGCGGCUGGCCGGUAGGACUAAAGAAUGUAGGCAACACAUGCUGGUUCUCUGCUGUUAUACAGUCACUAUUUCAUCUUCCUGCCUUCCGUCAACUGGUGCUCAACUUCAGCCCUCAACCUGCCAAAAACACAGGGACGGGAGAUGCCAACAGUCAUAAUCACAGAAAUCUUUUAUUCAUGUCGGAGCUCAGAUCUCUGUUUGCCCUGAUGCUUGGUACCAAUAGAAAGUAUGUGGACCCUUCCAAGUCUGUCCAGAUCCUCAAAGCAGCUUUCAGUGGUGGAGGUGCAGAUAACCAACAGGAUGUUAGUGAGUUUACUCAUAAACUCUUGGAAUGGUUAGAAGAGGCCUUCAAAUUAGACACAUCAGGACAUCCCUCACAGAAUGAAGGAGCUGAAGGAGGUGAGAGUACCAACAAGAACCCUAUGCUAGACCUCUUCUACGGUCAGUACAAGGCCGAAGGUAUCAACGAGGGCAAGGUCUUCAGUAACCUUGAGACUUUCGGACAGUGCCCUCUACAGAUCAACGGUUAUAAUGACCUUCACCAGAGCCUGGAGGCAUCCAUGUCCAAGGCGGAAAUCGAAACGGUCAAUGGAGAUGCAACCUACAGAUCAGCACAGGAGCACUGGUUCACAAGGUUACCCCAUGUUUUAAUCUUCGAGCUUUCAAGAUUUCAAUUCAACCAAGAGCUUGGCCGGCCAGAGAAAAUACACAACCAAUUUAAAUUCCCUUCACUACUUUACAUGGAUAGAUAUAUGGAUGCUAACAGGGAAGUUGUUAGAAAAAAGCGGGAAGAAGUUGCCAUCCUUCGCCUACAGUAUAGUGAACUGCAGUCUAGAUUAGAAAGAUUUUUAUGCUAUGGAAGCGGUGCUAAGCGAAUGCCUUUAUACGAUGUCCUUCAAUACACGUUAGAAUAUGCAAACAGCGGAUGCCCGGAACAACGGCAUCUGGAUGGGAUGGGAAGCCCUCGGACUAGCUGCAAUAAUAACUCUGCCAAUGAAGAUGUGGAGAUGGCCUCGCCAUGUGGGUCAGCAAAGAAUAGCCCAAGACCAGGAUCCUCACCAAACCUUCAGCCCAUGCAGCUUCCCUUCUCCCCACCCAGCCCCACCUCUCUCUCCAGCUCACCAACAGUGUCUUCCAAAGUCCCAAGGUACCAGAAGCCACCACCGUUGAACCUUCUAGACAAGCCCUCAUUACACCACUCCACCGCUGGUUCCCCCGGCCACACCUCUGGGGGCCCCAGCGGUACCAGCCCAGGACCGUCAAUGAAGCAUGAGCUGCCUUCGCCUAAGCCUGGCCACAUUACCGAUUCUGAGCUAGAUAUCUUACAAGGGUGCCUGAAGAGAUGGAGAACGGAGGUCAUGAGUGAGGUCAAAGACUUGCACCAUGAGAUUGCCAAAGUGGAAGAGAAGAUUCAUACAACAUAUGAGGAAGCUGAGCUCAAAUAUCAAAAGUACCGCCUCCAUGCUGUCCUAGUUCACGAAGGUCAAGCCCUAGCCGGUCACUACUGGGCCUACAUUCUAAACCACAAAAGGAACGUGUGGAUCAAAUUCAAUGACAUCGCCGUUACCGAGGUAACAUGGGAGGAGCUAGAGAGGGUGUCAUUAGGAGGAGACGGUAACGCUAGUGCCUAUUGUGUCAUGUAUGUUGAGUCUGGUAACCGAGCGCUAUUUGAAGAGGUCCAUGCAGAAACUGGUCUGAUCAACUUGGAUGACCUGGCCAACGACCUCCGACAACUCAUCGUCGACGACAACCAGAAAUUUGAAGAGGAGCUGAAGCAGUGGGACGAGCAAGUGCAGCUACGCCGACAACAACAGUUGCAGCUUCAGCUUCAACAGGGAGAGAGAGGACAAGCCGACGGUGGGACCAGGGAGAAGAUUACAUCAAGAGGAGCAAACACUACUAACAAUGAUGUUGUCCCUCUUGAUGAUGUCCCUAUGAGGGACGAGGAUGAUGCCAUGUCACCGAGGAGAGGACCGCCCCUUACCAAUCAGGACAGCAUGGAGACAAGUCAUCCAGAGACCAGGCCCAAGACCCCUAAGAGUCCUAGAACACCAAAGAGUCCUGUCACCACUGCUCCUUUCUUUGGAGAAGGUGGCCCAGAGGCAGCAGUGCAGCAGAUGUAUGCACGUGAACUGAAGAGAUGUCAGGAGCUUGCCUUGUCUGAGGACCCCCCUGAUUCUGAUGCAAGGUUAGAAUCGUUUGCUGUCUAUCUCCUGAGAAACAACGCUGCUAAUGGCCUCAUGCAACAGAGUAUACUAAUACAACUCAAAGACUUAGGAUUAGCGUCAGAUGAUCUGAGGAGUCAAGCGAUAGGUAAGAUUGCCCAGCGUAAGCUUGAGAGUGACCAAGACUACCGGAAUGUCCACUCUCAGUUGAAGCAAUGGCAGUCAGAUUACAGCACCUUCGUCAGGACGGCUUCAUUCUUCAAUCACGGCAUCUCGUUGUGCCUCAGACAAGGAAUGUAUCAAGAUGCAAUGCCAUAUUUUAUACAUGCCUGUAAACUCAACGAAACCUUCGAUCCAUCCCAAACAAACAAGAGAAUGGAUAACAAACUACUAGAAUACUACAGGAGACAUUGUUUGAUACAACUCAACGAGCAGUGUGCCACGACUUUUGAUGCGGGAGAAGAGGCGGAUGCCAGCGCAAGUCUGCAGAUCAUGAGUGAGCUGGUCGUGCCUUGUACAAGCCUUCUUAGUUCCAACCCAGGAGAAGAUGCGCAGGCCGUGGAAGAGAUCAGGUCUAGGUGGUGCUCCUAUCUUGGGCAUGACCUCCCAGGUAAACUGCAGGACAAACUGCAAGAUCUCUUAUCCCGGCUCCUUGAUGGCGGAUCUGACGGUCAGACCGUCAAGACCCCUCGUCCCGUCCGCUCCCAACGGUCAGUCAACCACGGCCAGCAGUUCAGGUCGACCAUGCAACUCAUCAGAGAAUUUGAACAUGCAAAUCGGGAAGAGGAUUCUUCAUCAUAGCACUGAGCCAUCAAGUUCAGGAGUCUGCCAAGGAAUCCUUGAUAAAGCUGUUGAUUCAUGCAGAACUCUUUGUUUAACCAAAGGCACAAGAAUUCGGACCUACUGCCUUUUUGCCAGGUGCUCAGAAUUUUAAAUGGAGAAUGGUGAUGGCAUUUGUUAUGCCGGGCUCUUUGGGGAUCAGUUCAUAAGAGCUGGCAUGGCUACCCGGGGUAAACGAGACAUUUUUAUAACUAUUCUUUUUAUUAUUUAUAGUGUUUUACAUUGUAGGAGAUACCACAACAGUAAACCCACUGAGGAUAUGUUGAUGGACUUGUUGAUCGCUUUUGAUGAAUAGUUAGGAUGUCGGAAAUUUCAACAUGCCGACUGGGAAGAGCAUCAUUCAUCAUAGCAUAGAGCCAACAAAUCUAUGUCAGGAAUCUGACAAGGAAAUCUUAACCCCAGGUUAUCUUUCAAGCCUCGAGGUUGUUAUUAACAGAUUGUUUUAUUUUAGAAGGAAUAAAAAUUGGUAUUCAUAAUUUGUUACUGAAAUGAAUUUAAAACAGAGUUUAAAUUUGUUUCUAGAUUGUUAUUCUGAUAUUGUUAUUUGCGCCAAGAGUGCAGUUACUCUUCCUACAAAACCUGGUUAUAGAUUCUUAUCCUUAGUCCCAUAUUGUCCUAGAGAUAUUGAAUAGUAGCAACAGUACUGCAGUAACUAUCCAUUCAAAACCUAGUUAUCAUUAGUUUCUAGAAUUUUGUUCUGAGAUUGUUGUAUUCCAGAGAAAUAUAUAUUUGCAUCAACAUCGCAGUUGCGAGGGAUACCAUUAAUUUUUAAAUUUGUUAUUUUUAUGGGAUGUUGCAAGAAAAUAUUUAUGGCCUCUUGCAUAAAAUAUGUUCGACACAUUGUAAAGAAAAAGUUGCAUGAAAUCAUGCUUGAUUUCAAGCUGUUGGACGGAUCAUUGAAAAACAAGCAUUUCCAAAUAAGCGGCAGACAGUGGGCUACUAUUUUGAAA